AGCUAUUUUUCAGAUCAAUGUCGCAGCAGCAGUAGGUUCCGUCACAUGAUAUAAAACUACCGUGUUCAUGGAAAUAUUAGGUUUCCUUGUACUUGUUGGAGUCCUUUUAUUAGGAGAAGUUGAUCACUGCAGUUUUACAGAUAAUCUUACCUCUCUUCUCUCUUCUUUUUCUUCUUCAGUUUCUUUGCUUCGAGUUGAAGGAAGAAUGUCAGGUUCAGAUAUGUCCGGGUAUACAGACGAGGAUGUAAACACUGCAAAACAACUUCCUAAGGUUGAACUACAUCUGCACCUGGAUGGAUCUUUAUCGCCAGAGUUUAUUGGAAGACGAGCUUUAGCACGUGGAAUUCAACUUCCGGUUCCUCCAGAACAAUUGAGACAGUUUUUGAUGAUGAAGAAACUGGAAAAACUAAACACCGAUGGCAAUAAGGCUGAGAAAGGUGGAAAUUGGCCUGUUUUUGAUUUCUGCAAUCAGUUUCUUCAGACUAAAGAGGAAUUAAGUCUUGGAACCCUCGAUCUUCUAGAUAGAUUGGCACAGGAAAACGUUGUUUAUGCUGAAAUCCGGUUCUGCCCCUUUCUUCACACAAAGGAAGGAUUGACUGAGGCUGAAGUUGUGGAGGCUGUUCUUGAGGGAGCUAGAGGUCAGAGGAAGGUUAAAACUGGUCUUAUCCUUGUAGCACUAAGAUCUAAAAAUUCUGAUCAUGGAAUAAGCACAGCACAGCUAGCCUUCAAGUAUUUACAGAAAUCAUCUGAGGAUAUGUUUGGUGUUGUUGGGAUGGACGUGGCAGGAGAUGAAGGUACAUAUCCGCUCUGUGACCCCUCUCAUGCUAUGUACGCUGGCGUACAAGAAGCUAAACGUCUGGGUGUACCUCUCACUGUACAUGCAGGAGAAUGGCCUGAGAAGUAUGGCAGUAUAGAAAACCUAAGAUGGGCGAUAAAUCAAGGAGUUAGGAGGAUAGGACACGGGAUUGCAGUCAGGUCAGACGCAGAGUCUUUAAGAUUACUGGAAAAGAAUAAUAUGACAGUGGAGGUUUGUUUGACCUCCAAUGUUGGGAAUGGAUUCAAGGUUAAAAACUUUGCCGAGCACCCGGUGAAACUAUUACAGGAAAAUUAUGUAAAAUACAGUCUGAGCAGUGAUAAUUUACUACUCUCAGGGGAUUUGAAACUUGCUCCUUCUCCUACUCUUGAACUCCUUCGUUUAGCAGUUGAUGUUGGCUUAGGAUGGGAAGAAGCCAGGAACAGCUUAAUAUCUGGCUUAGAGUCUGCCUUCAGUCCUUGUAUUGGUAGAGAUUUCAUCAAUGAUAUUCAAGAUAGGAUCGACAAGAUAAUUCAUCAAUGAUAUUCAAGGAUCGGCAACACAACACACAACAACAAUAUUUAAAGCAUGAUGGAGAAUUAAUGAUAAUAUAACUGAAGAAAGGCAACAAAUCUGAAUUAAAUUAAAUAAAAAGACAAGAUGCA